AUGAAUGUAACGUCUCUGCCACCUCGCCCGACUUUGAUAGUCGUUUUGGAAUCGAGCAUUGCCACUGUUUUUUUGUGUCUUGCGCUGGCUGGUAACCUUAUCGUGUGCCUGGCAAUUUCACGACAUAAGCUGCUGAGAACAGUGCCAAACUUUCUCUUGUUAAAUCUCGCCGUUACAGAUAUCCUUAGUGCAGUGGUGAGCUUGCCGCUCCUUGUGUCAGUUCUGGUCAAUGGCGCCUGGAAAUUUUCCACGAAUGUUUGCAAGUUCCAAGCUUUCCAAUCGUACGCUUCCUAUUCAUGCAGUCUUCUUACCUUAGCAGUUACAAGCAUCACUAGAUAUUACGCCACAGUUCACCCGGUACAGCACCGUUCAAAGUUCAAAUUAAAAACGGUAUGUCAAAUGAUUUUCCUGAUUUGGUUGGCUUCGCUUCUUUUUGCUUCAGCGCCCCUUCUUGGAUGGGGAAAUUACAAGUUUGAACCUUACUACGGGCUAUGCAUUCACGAUCACAACUCAAGCCCUUUAAUAUAUAAUACGUUUCUGUUUAUCUUCUUGAUAGUCAAUUCGACUGUAAUUGUGGCUUGUUACUCGAAGAUUUUCAAAGCCAUGAAAACAAGACGUGGUAGGGUGGAUACAAUGUUUGCGAAAGACUCGUGCCCAAGACAGCUAGGAAUUUUUCAGGCCCAAGAAGUUAGAUUAACGAAAACAAUAUUUAUCGUAAUCUGCCUAUUCACUCUGUGUUAUCUACCUACAAUUGUCCUGGGGUUUUUAAUGUUUACCGAAGUAGGUGUACCUCGAUUCGCCAGAACACUAUCAACGUUUUCUGUAGCCUUCACGUCCGUUGUCAACCCAGCCGUGUACUGGAUACGUAGCAAAACUUUUCGCGACGCAUUAAAGGGACUGUCCCGUGGAAUGAAUUUCAUGGCCCCGCAAGAGUCUGUCCCCGUCGAAACAAGCGACUCGAAAUCACUAGAACUCUUCCCAAACAAAGACAACCAAGAUACUAUCAACCGAAGGCAAGCACCUACGCUGCCCGCUAAAGAUUAA